UCCGGAGCAGGGAAGGCUGCUGUGUUCCCGUAGAGAGGACGCGGUCCUCCAAGCCGGGAGGGGUGCUGUCGAUCUCUGUCUGAUGGCGAUUACCGGGGUUCUGUUGGUGGCGGAAUCCAGCGCCUUCAUCCUGUAAGUUAUCCAGAGGAAAACCAUGUCUCGAAAGAACUGUAAAGAUGAGAACAAAGCCCAUGUAUCCAGCUCCUUUGAGUCUGAGGAUAUUAGUUUGGAAACAACUGUGCCAACCGAUGAUGUAUCUUCAUCAGAAGAGAGGGAAGCUUCAACCAAAGUCACGAAGCAACUCAUUGAGAGGAAGGAGCUUCUUCACAACUUACAGCUGUUGAAGAUUGAGUUAUCGCAAAAAAAUUUGGUGAUUGACAACCUGAAAGUAGAAUAUCUCACGAAAAUAGAAGAUUUGGAGGAACGAUUGAAUGAUUCUCUUCACCAGAAACAAUUACUACAAGUCCGUUUGGAAAAUCAACUGAAAGUUCAGCAGGAUGAUGCCAGAAGACGCCAAGAUCUAAGAAAGCAAGAAAUGGAGACUAUUUUAGAAAGGCAGAAACAACUUGAACAGACAAAUCAGCAGCUGCAAGAACGAGCAGGUGACAUUCGCCGCAGUUUACGAGAUUUGGAUCUGACUGAAGAUCAGUACUUGGAGUUAAAAGCUAGACCUGAAGAUCAGCUUUCCAUCCCAGAAUAUGUAUCUAUGAGAUUCUAUGAAGUAGUCCGACCCUUGCGAGAAGAGAUUGAAGAGCUUCGACAGAAGAAAGCUAGCCUUUGGGAAGAGAGCAACUGUCAGAAAAACCAGCUAAAUAGCUUAAUGGAGAACUAUGAAUCUGAAAGGAAAGCUCGCUCCGAUCUGCAAGUCCGUUGUCAGCGCCUUGUAUUGGAACUAGCUGACACCAAACAACUUAUCCAGCAGUCAGACUAUAAGAGGGAGCAUUACGAUCAUGUAAAACGAGAGAGAGAUGCACUUGAUACGGAGGCUUCAGAGCUCAGAAAAAGGCUGGAACUACUUGAAAUCACACACAAAGCACAAACUAAGGAGAGAAAUGAUUUAUCCAAAGAGGCAGCAGCAAUGCAGCAAUCUAUUAACUUGCUGCAAAAAGAUAAAGAAUACUUGAAUCGCCAAAAUAUGGAACUGAACAUUCGGUGUGCUCAUGAAGAGGACCGCAUAGAACGCCUCCAAACUCAUCUUGAGGAGGCAAAGCGAGCUAGAGAAGAAAUGUAUGAAAAAUAUGUGGUUUCAAGGGACCAUUACAAAAAUGAAUAUGAAGACAAACUUCGACAUGAAUUGGAACAGAUUCGAAUAAAAACAGACCAGGAAAUUGAACAUCUUCGAAGUAGCUCCAAAGAAAUGUAUGAAAGGGAAAACAGAAAUUUAAGAGAAGCAAGGGACAAUGCAAUUGCAGAAAAGGAAAGAGCAACUGAAGCAGAAAAGGAUGCCCAAGCAAAAUAUGACCAGCUUCUAGAACAGUUUAGGCAACUGCAGGUCAACACAGAUAGCCGCGUCUCUGAACUCAUGAAUCAGACAAAAAUAAAAAUGUUUGAAGCAGAGCGAGCUCAGUUGGUACAAGAAGAAACAGCCAAGAAUUUCAAGCAGUGCCAGAUGGAAUGUGAUAAAUAUCAGAAGAAACUUGAGGUUUUAACAAAAGAAUUUUACAAGCUGCAAGCAUCAGCAGACAAGCAUACCAGUGAGCUUCAGACUCAAAACUCCGAGCUUCAAGCUCGAUUGGAGACUUAUGAGAAACUGGAACAGGAACUGGAUGGUGUUAUAAUGCAAUCAGCUGAAAUGGAAAAUGAGGAUGAUGCUGAACGUGUUCUUUUCUCUUAUGGUUACGGUGCUAAUGUUCCCACAACAGCGAAACGCCGCCUUAAACAAAGUGUUCAUCUUGCAAGGAGAUUGUUACAGAUAGAAAAACAAAAUUCACUACUUCGUAAAGAUCUUGAACGUCACAAGCUCCAUGCUGACGAAUUAAGUCAAGAGCUUACAAAUGCAAAAUCUCUACUUGGUCAAGCUCAGCAGCCAUACAGCUACCUUAUUGAGACUGUUCACCAGAGAGACUCUCAGAUCCAGACAUACAAACAACAGAUUUCACAACUAGAGAAUGAAAUAUGUCAGUUAAAAAAAGAAAAAACAGCUUUACUUCGCCUGAAGAACCAAAUGUCAGCAGAUCUGGAGAGACUCUUAAAUCAGAGAGAGGAAUUGGCAGUAAUGAAGCAGGUUGUGAUAAAUUUGCGUAACAAACAGAGUGACAGUGGUUUACCAGGCACCCAGCAUGAAGACAAAACCAAUCCUGUUCCAUAUACAUCAAAAUUAUCUCUCAGUGUUCCCCCAGAUGAGGAUGAAAACGUCUACAAACCAAAACCAACAUUGUUUACAAACAGAGAAUGUCCAGCCUGGUACACAAAGCUGAAGCAAAAAAGUACCUGAUUUUUUUUUGAAGUAAUAUUUAAACAAUUAAACAUUGUGCAUUUUAUUAUCCUACUGAUUUUCUGUGACACAACCUCAAAAUCAAAGAUGCAUUUUUCUGACUUGAGUGCUGUGAAUCUAAUUAUAUGUUGUUUUUGAACCACUAAGAGCACAUUUACAGUAAAUGUCCACUCUAAUCUGCAUUUGUGGUGUAAAUGUAUUCUGAAUCUGGCAUCAUUGCCUGCUUGGCACCACAGGGAACUAGGAUGAACAUGAUCUAUGAUUUCUCUUUGUUAUAUAGCUAGUUCAAGCCUUAAAACUCAAAUUACCUUGUGCAAGAUUAGUACCAAGGUAAUGUCUAAACCACUUUGUCCAAACAUUACAUUUGUAGCGUAAAUUGACCGGUGUGUACAACUGUAAGUGAAAUAAUUUGUCAGUGAUGUUGAUGUGCAGUAAUUUUAUUACUGUACUGGAUAACUAAGUUAUAUUUACAAUCUUGUAUACAUAUUUGAAAAGAAAAUGAUAGUUUUUCAUGUAAUUUAUAACUGGUUACUAUUUUACACAUGCAACACUUUAACAGCUAAUUUAUUUGUAAUAAGUAUAGUUAAUGGAUUAGUAUUGUGCUAAUCCUUUUAUAUUAUGAUAAUGUUUUCUCAUGUUCAACAGCUAUGGGAGAGCACAAAUUAAAAUAAUAAUAUUCCAAACUACAAUGUUACAUAUAAUGUUUUACUUGGUAUUUCAAAUUGUAUGUUUGUAUAUGAGAUGAUUUGUACAUGGUAUUGUUUAAACCUAUUAGACACUUCAUAUUAAAAUGUA